AUGUCACAAUAUAACAUAACUAUUUUCCACCCAGCCACCUUUAUCCUCCUGGGCAUUCCAGGGCUAGAGCACAUCCAUGCCUGGCUUUCCCUGCCUUUCUGCUCUGUCUACAUUGUGGCUCUUCUGGGCAAUGUCACCAUCUUAUUGGUGAUUUGGGUUGAAAGAACACUCCGUGAACCCAUGUUCUAUUUCCUGGCCAUCUUGUCUGGUAUCGAUCUGGCCUUGUCCACAUCUUCUGUGCCUCGGAUGCUGGGAAUUUUCUGGUUUGAAGCCCAUGAGAUCAGCUUUGGAGCCUGUUUGGCCCAGAUGUUUCUCAUUCACACCUUUACUGGCAUGGAAUCUGCUGUCCUAUUGGCCAUGGCCUUUGAUCGUUAUGUGGCCAUAUGUGCCCCACUUCACUACACAACCAUUCUGACAACCAAUGUACUGGCAGGUAUUGGAGUGGCCAUUGUUUUACGCCCUGUUGUACUCAUGCUGCCCAUCAUUUAUUUGACCUACCGUCUUCCCUUCUGCCAGACUCAUAUCAUUGCUCAUGCUUACUGUGAACACAUGGGCAUUGCCAAACUUGCUUGUGCCAACAUUCGUAUCAAUGCCAUUUAUGGACUCUUUGUUGCCUCUUUCCUGGUCUUGGAUUUGAUCCUGAUUGGAAUUUCUUAUUGCUAUAUUCUACGUGCAGUCUUUCGCCUCCCUUCUCGUGAUGCUCGACUGAAAGCACUUAGUACUUGCAGUUCGCAUGUAGGAGUUAUGUGUGUCUUUUAUACACCCUCCCUUUUCUCCUUUCUCACUCACAGAUUUGGCCGCCACAUCCCUCGAUAUGUCCAUAUUCUUGUUGCCAACCUUUAUGUGGUCAUCCCACCAUCACUUAACCCUGUAAUCUAUGGUGUAAGAACUAAGCAAAUCAGAGAACGAGUGCUCCGGACAUUCACUAGCAAAUAG